UUAUAGCUUUGAAAUAGUGAAAUAGUCAAUGGAUAUACCAGAUGGUAUUACUGGAUGGCAUGACAUUGUCUCGCCUCUGCAUAACAAUAUGAAUGGGAACAGUAAUAAACGGAAAGCUCCAGGACCAGUCGUUGUUCCAAAGGAAGCGAAGGCAUUGAAGAAAAUUGUCAAGGAAUCAACAUCGGAUGCCAGCGAUGAUAUAGAAAUAGCUCAGUCGUCUUCAGUGGAUCUUCAUUUUUCUCCUAGUCAAAUUGCGAAAAUUGUUCAGGGAUUAAGGACUAAAGUACAACAAAAGAAAAAAAACUUGUCAAAAAAAAUUCGUGGGGUUCAAUGAUUUUGAUGAUAUUGAUAUGCCGCCAGGAGGAACGAAGGAGAUGCUUAAGACCGACUUACGCAGAUGUUUGAAAGAAGCAACAAUAUUAUCGUCGAUGACUGUAUCGACUGCUCUUGAAUUGUUGCAUGCAUUUUUGGAAGAAGGUCAUAGUGUUACAAUGGAUCCGACAUUUCCUAAAAAGCCACCAAAUGCUUUUUCAAUAUUUAUGCGAAAAGCAGGACACAGCAGGUUCUCAUCGGAUGUAAGCGCAUUCUGGAAUAAUGAAUCGAAUGCAGCCGAAAAAGCAGAAGCAAAAAAGGAAGCUCUACAAUUAAUGGAGAAAUAUUUAUCAAAUUUGCAUGCUUACAGAGAAGCACACCAAGAAUUAACGCCAGCACAUCGAAAUUAUGUGGAUAAUGCAAUUUCGAUCGCACAGAAAGCUAUCGGUAAAUCAAAAGGGACAACAACAAAUAAUAGCAGCAAGAAAUCCGUUAAGAAGAAAGAGCCGAAAACUGCCUUCGAUCUCUUUGCAAUCACUAUGGCUAAUAAAUAUGUUGAUUUGGAACCGGAAAAACGAGAAAGGAGAUUGCGAAAAAAAUUUGAUAAACUGAGCGAAGGUGAGCGGCAAAUUUACGACAAUUUGGCAGCGGCACUUUGACUCAUGUAAUAUCUGUAUGAGUGAAAUUUUUUGUUUUGUUUGGUUAAACGGAAAGUACAAGAAAUUCCCCUUCCCAAGGAUUGGAAUGCAGUUAAUGAACAGGAGAGCAAAUUUCGAAUUGUACUCACUUUUCAUCCUAAUGCAGC